AUGAGUCUACUCUGCGAAUAUUGCAGCAAGGUGCCACUAAGCCUCCAGGAGAUCAAUUCCCGGAAACACGAACGUUUCAAACUAGGACCUUGGCCCCGCAUCUUUACCAGCCCUUGUCCUCUGUGCCAACUGAUACAGAGUGCUUACCUCCAGGAACGCCGGAUAAACUCUUUCAGGGACGACUUACCUAGUUCAGAUGCGACAUUGAGCUGGAUAGGUUAUGGACCGGGCAGGCGCCCGGCUUAUAUUGUCAGCGAUAUCUUUCGCCCUUUUAUUUCUUUUGCUGCAAAAACUUCCCCUCACACAAUAUCAACUAUUCCGUCUGAUCAAGACAUGUACUACCUUUGUUCCCUCCUGGAGACAGAAAUAGAUGUGUGGAGAGUCUUUCAGUGGCUUUCUGAAUGUACAAAAACACAUGGAGGCGAGUGUUCCUUGGAAUAUGCCACUUUUAGCUCGGCAUUUCCAGGGCUACAUGUCCUGCGCCUGCUCGAUGUCCAACAAAACUGUUUAGUCGAAGUCCAAAAUGUCGUUCCCUAUCUAGCUUUAAGCUAUAUUUGGGGUGCCGUUCGAAACAUUAGGCUGACUCAAGUGAAUUUGAACCGUCUUUUGAUUCCUGGUUCUAUCAAAGGCUUAAAUGGACUUCCCAGGACUGUCCGCGACGCCAUAGAACUGACCAGGAAGCUGGGGGUACAGUAUCUAUGGAUAGACGCCUUAUGCUUGAUCCAGAACGAUAUGGAAGACCUUGAGAGAGGUAUCAAUGUUAUGGACCUGAUCUACGAACGUUCCCUGUUGACUAUUAUUGCUGCUUCUGGGAACGACGCCGAUGCAGGCCUUCCAGGAGUUCGAGCACGAAGUCGGCAGGCUUUAAAGCAAACUGUUGAGGUUAAGCCCGGAAUAAGUCUUGGUUUAUAUAUGGAUCUGUCUACCUUGCUUAAAGCAUCAUCAUACAGCUCAAGAGGAUGGACAUUCCAAGAACAGAUUCUGAGUCGGCGGGCUCUGUACUUUCUAGACAAUAAAGUGUUCUUUCAAUGCAGAAACAUGACGUGUUCAGAAGCCGUCAUUGACCAGUCCGAACAGCAAAGACCAAAGACUGGGCAAACAUACAACGCAAUUCAUAUGGAAGAUCCAGUAUAUGAUUAUGCCAAUAUAAUAGAGAACUAUACGACUCGAGCUCUCACAAAUCCGAACGACGCGUUAAGGGCUAUGGCAGGUAUUAUACGCCGUUUCUCAGCCAAGAUGAAUUAUCGAUUUAUCGAAGGACUUCCUACUCAAGUUCUGGAUGCAUUUAUUGUAUUCCAAAGUCGAGGAUCCUGCCUUCAUCGCCGCCCUGGUUUUCCGAGUUAUUCUUGGUGCCGCUGGCAGGGGCACAUCAGUAUCGAAACACCAACUAAAGACGAAUGGUUUUCAAUAUGCACGUGGAUUGUUUGGUAUAAGCGAACUCCGUCAGGAGUUAUAAGCCUGAUUCGGGAUCCUACUGCAAACAGCCAGACGUCUGCCGAUGAUGCGCCUUAUAUCGGCUGCCGACAGAGACCAAGAUUUGAUACCUUAGUUCUCUCGGGUUUCCCCACAACACACACAACACCCACCGAAAUACCUCCCCUCCCUUCGCUUCUACCACCAUACCCUCUCUUGCAGUUUUGGACGCUAUCACUACGCUUGAAACUCAUAAACCUCAAUGUUUUCACUGGACAGUGCCAUAUCCAGUGCGAGUCUGGCACUGAUUGUGGUGUAUUAUUUCUUGAUGGGUUUGAAGAUUUCACAGUGUUCUUUUCAUCCGACGUAGUUGAUGUGAUUGUACUUUCGGAACACGUGGACAUGGAUGGCUAUUGCUAUAAUGUAAUGCUGCUUGAGUAUAGUGACGGGCUUGCAGAGCGACGUGGUGUGGGACAUAUCUAUCAAGAAUGCAUUAAUAAUUCAUUCAAGCCGGAGCCUAUCUGGAAAGAAAUUAUCUUAGCUUAA